CCUUAUUUCCUUUGUCACGACAAAUCUCCUUCUAAUUUAUAUCCUUGCGGAAGAAUUUCUGGGCAAGGCGCCUGCUCUCAUACAGCAAAUUGCACUUUUACUUCAGUGAAUAGGUGAGUUCAGCUGUCUAUGAAAUCUCCGCAGGUCAAAUCUUCGAAAUAUGGAUAGUUGCCUGGAUUCCAAAUUGCAUUUGCUGUAUGAGAAGCGCAUAUGAACGUGGUUUUCUCGCAUGUGAGAAAAUAUUAUGGAGGCAACAUUUUGGAACCGACGACUUACUAGAACCGCCCUGCUGGGACUUUUCCAGAAGUAUGAUGCUCUUUCCAACGGAUGGGGCGGUACACAAACCCCUUCACUAAACUCGCCAUCCCUGCCAGUUUCAAGGGAAGAAUGAGUUGAUAAAAAAUCGCAUCGCAGCUAUUGUACAAUCUCAUCUAUCUACAAUGAUUUUCCUCGUUUCCUUAUGCUCUGCUGGACGACUAUAAGCAGAGGAUCUUCUUACUUCAUGUCCGUAUCCUUGUUAUGUCUUCCGCAGCGAAUGAUGAAAACACCUACAUUGAGGUUACGCCGGAUAAACACGGGGCUUUUGUGAUCAUUGCCAGCUUGGUCGGUUUGAUCUGGACCGUGUUCAUCAUUGGGAUCCGGGUAUAUCUACGCAUGCGUCUGACUCCCCCAUUUGGUUGGGAUGAUGUAGCGGCUAUCUUUGGCACGAUUGUUGGGGUGAUUCAAACUUCAGUAACACCCGACGCGGUCAACCACGGCAUUGGCACGCGAGAGUCGUUGCUGACAUCCCAUGAGGCGGACGUCGCUUUGCAGGUUCCUGAGAUCCUCUCCUUACCCGUGCCUGCAGCUAAUUCUGUUCGCAAGCAGAGGCUCUACGUUUCCUGGCUUCUCUACCCGAUUGCCGUGUGUUCUUCGAAAGUCUCUAUCGCGCUCCUCAUUGCGCGUCUCACCAGAACCGAAUAUCAUCUCUGGGCAAGCUACGCACUCACGGCACUGAGCUUGCUCUGGGGUAUGAUCUCUAUGUUUCUUAUUGCGUUCCAAUGCAGCACACCUCAGCCAUGGAAUAUCGGAGCUACCACUCAAUGUAGAACUAUGUUCGCUCAAUGGGCAGUCGUAGAAACCGUGAAUAUGGCAAUCGAGCUCCUCAUCCCAUGUCUAAUCAUCGUUAUGAUCUGGUCACUACACAUGCCCAUCGGAACCAAGAUCACCGUCGUCCUCGCCUUCUCUUUACAGCUCCUCGUCGUGAUUCCCACAAUCAUCCGAAUCCUCUUCCUUCAACAAACCACCAGCACCACCAGCGCGCAGGCCUCUCGCACAGACCACACCUUCACUCUCACGAACUCAACCCUCAACACCGAAGUCGUCAUGCAUUUCUCCCUCAUAGCAGCUACAUUUCCCUGUCUUCGCAAAUUUCUUCAGGCGUUUGAUAUGCAUAUGGGCGCUACGACUAAUUUGACGAGCGAGGGAGAUACGGACUCGAGUAGCUGCGCCUUGAAGUCGGUGGAGAGGGCGCAUGCUGGAGGAGGAUCUAAUGCGGAGAUCUAUCGGGCGAUGCCGAGGGGCCAUGGGAUGGGGAAUGUGACGAUCGUGUCGACUGUCGAGGCGAGUUCGCAAGGCUCUCGGGGUGCGGUGUUGCUUGGUGGACGGAGAAGCGAGGAAAGUGAUGGGAGUCAGCGCGUGAUGAUUCGGAAGACGCAGCGGUGGGAGGUCGUGUCGUCUACAAAGUGAGGUUAUA